AUGAUAAUUGGGCAAGCUCGGACAGGGAAGACAAGUCUAAAGAAGUCUUUAAAGGGGGAAUUGUUUGAUCCAGAUGAAGGAAGCACAGAAGGUAUAGAGACAGAUCCUUCCUAUUUUCAAGUCACGACAGACAUCUGGAGAACAGGCAGAAAUAGCGAAGAUACUGAAACCGAGCCAGAAUUUUUGUUUGACCGCCAGCUAGCCCAGAAAUUAUUCAAAGGCUUAAAGGAAAAAGAACGUUUAGGGGAUCCUAGUACAAGCGGGACCAAGCCAUCAGUUAAAGAUUUCCAAGAAGUCGAGCCAUCAGUUAAAGAUUUCCAAGUAGUCGAGCCAUCAGAAGCGAAUUCACCACCUACUGAAAGGUCAGAGGAAUCUAGAAGUAACAGGUUCGAACCGUCAGCCCCUUCAUUACGUACAGAAGUUUCUGUAGAACCAGCGGAACCCAAAACCAGUUCAUCAGUUACAGAGCAGAGUGAGAGCGAUCCAUCUCCUCAAGACUCCGAAGAUCAUAAAAAAGUACCAGAAAACGUAGCAGCAUGGGUUGAAAAGCUGCUUAAAGAUAACAAAGAGUUUAUGGAGGGAGACGACAUGUAUUCUCUCAUUUGGGAUUUUGGAGGACAGUCUGUUUUCUACGACACCCAUCCAAUUUUCUUGACAGAAAAGGCCAUCUACAUUUUGACUUGUGAUCUAAGUUGUGAUCCGGAAAGCAAAGCCGACACUCCUGUGAAAGAAGGCAGGUACUGCGAGGAAAUACGCGACGAAUUCUGCGAAAAAACAAACUUCGACUACCUUGAUUUUUGGAUGUCAUCAAUUUAUUCUUUGGUUAGCAAUAAUACUAACCCUCAGGAAACUUCGUCGUCUGAAACGUUACCUGUAGUUUUCUUGGCUUGUACGCAUGCUGACAAGCCUUACACUAGAAAAGGUAAUCCCUCCCAAAAAAUCUUUGGAGCCUUGAGGAAAAUUUAUGGUUCUCUUCUCAAAGACGUUUUUAUUGUGGACAACACGAAGUCAGGCAGUAAUGAUGAGUGCGAAGACGUAAAAAAGCUGAGAGAAGCAGUGCUUUCUGUUGCGGCGAAGCUUCCACAAAUGGAAGAGGAAAUUCCUUUAAAGUGGUUAAGGUAUGAAAAGGUUCUGUAUCUGAUGAGGAAGGAGGGCCGUGACAAAAUAUCCAUCGAGGACGCACGAAAGAUAGCUUCAGAAAAAUGCGGAAUUGACGGCGAUGAAAACUUUCGAACGGUACUUAACUUCUUACACGACCAGAAAGUUUUGAUUAAUUUUGAUGACUCACCGGGAUUGGAACGCAUGGUCAUUUUGAACCCCCAGUGGCUCGUAGACGUGUUUAAGGAAGUAAUCACGUUCAAAGGUUUCAAUCACAACGAUGAAAACGUUGAGGGACUGUGGUGUGAGUUUGAGGAAAGUGGAAUCUUAAAAAGAGAGCUUUUAGAUCAUGUAUGGAAACGCUUCAUUGAUGACCAAAACACCUGCGAGAGCCUCAUUGAAAUGAUGGAGAAAUUUAGUCUGCUUUGUCAAUGGCCAUCAGAAGGGACUAUGGAGCGGUAUCUUGUACCAUCCAUGCUGAAGUCCAAACCAACAAGUGCGUUUCCCAGUCCCGGUUUAGAAACUCCUUCUCUUUUUGUAAAGUUUAAAUCACGCAGAUUGCCCCCAGCCGGAGUGCCCCAAGGCAGAGAGCCCCCAGGCAGAGUGCCCCCAGGCCUGUUUUCGAGACUUAUUCUUCUUUUUCAUCAUUGGGUUCAAGACCAGGUGAAGAUAAAGCACAAGAACAGGAAUCAACCGAAGCCAUGCAGUAACUAUGCUAUGUUUCGCAUUGUUCCUGAGGAUGAUAUUUCUGCGACCUUAUUGUGUUAUUCUUCGCUUAUCGAGAUCGUUUUUGUUCUCAAAGGUGAUUUUCUUGAUGAAAGGCGUCUGAAUAUCAGCCAUGGUAUUCAUCAACAGCUGGGACUGAUUCUUGAGGGCAUGCGCAAGGAGUUUUCCUGGUUAAGGAACAUGGAUUACGAAUUGUGUGUCGCUUGUUCUGUGUGCUGUGGGGAGAAGGGCUCCUCCAGCUGUGGUCCCCACGAAAAUCGUGGCUGCGAUUGUUUGCACCUGUUUUCAGAAGAGGAGUUAAAGGAUCCUGUUUGCGACAGAAAAGAUGAAGGAGAAAGUUGCAGGGUUGCCAAAGAGAAGUUCCAUCUUUGGUUCUAUAGUCAGGUUUGUUAAUUACAUUAUACAUAUACAAUUAUACACGAUUCUGACUGUCAACAACCAUUACAUUCCUUUACAGUGCGACUGCACGAACCAAGGUUACACAGACAAAAUUUUGAUACAAAUUUUGAAAUUAACCAAUCCAAAGUCGAAAUCUAAACAAUAAAAUUGCUCAUAAUUCUACUCAGAGCCAGUUCCAAGUACGUUGUGAUUUAUCUUUCUAAAGCAUGCAAAGUAAAUAAGAAAUCGUGACAUUUGUAUAAAUCAAGCUGAAAAAUGUUUUGACAACGUCUGGGUU